AUGGGUUGGUUCUGGGGUGACAGCAAGAACGAUCCUGUUCAGAAGCUCGAACCGGGCCUUCGUGACUAUCUCGAGCAGGAAAAACCCGACAAAUAUGUUCCUGGUCCUAAUGUGAAGCCACCACCGUCGACACCCGCGCAAACCCCCGAGCCUUCUGAUCCCUCAAAACCCAAAGUCCCUGCGGCUUCGCUCUACCAGGAUGGGCGAUACGCGGAUCUAUGGAAAACCUACAAGCCACCCGCGGUGGACGAUGGAGAACAGGUCGGAAUCCGCGGGGCGUCACGAGUGAUUGAAAAGCACAAAGAGCAUGGAGAUACAGUGCAGCGGGCAGCAAUGGAGAACUGUGCUCUGGAACAUGAAGCCUUGACCUACUGCUUCCAGACCGGCAAUUGGCGCAAGCAAAUAGAGGCUCGAUUGACCUUGUGCUCAGCCGAGAACAGUACCUUCUCCCGAUGUUUUAUGACCCAGACCAAAUUCCUUCAGGCCCUCGGGUACGCAGCUGGGUUUGACUACGACGCUGAAAAAGAAGAGCGCAUUCAGUUGCAUGCCGACAAGCUUUACCACCAGAUGCUCGACUAUGAAAAGCGCAUCGAAGAAGCAAAGACUGCCGGUGUAGAGCCGCCGCCUCUCACAUCGUUGUUCCAUCCCGAGAAGCACUCGCCUGCACAUGAAAGCCAAGGGGUCGAGAUCCCGGGAGGGGAGGCAAUUCCCGCAGGCUUCAAGCCAUCGAAGCCCCUUCCCAAGCUUACUCCACACGAACGUGAGUUGGAAAUCAGAGCACACAAUGCACAGCUAGAGCAACAAAAGAUGUUUGUGGAUGAGGCUACGCCGUUCAUGAAGUCCCAAGACGAUGCUCGACAGAAGCGGCAAGAGAAGGCCGUCAGCUGGUUUGGAGAGACUCUGGGCAAAUGGCUGUCUUAG